AGCUAUGAGAGCACAUUCCUAGUGAACCCCGGCUUAGACAAUGAGGGGUGGGACAGAUAUUUUAAAAAUCUGUAAUCUAACCCCUAAAUAAGAAACAUUGCUCAAAGUUUGCUUUACACUUAUCGAGAUGGAGUCGUCGGGAGUCGAUCUGGGAAUGUUUAUUUCCAAGCGGAAGAAGACUGUUUCUCUUUUUCUUUUUAUCAGCUCGAGAUUUGACUGGAGAUAAAGCCUACUGUACGCCACAGCUCGGUAUGUUCUGCGCAGUUACGGCGAUCUAUGCAAUAUUUCGCUCGAGGAAAUAAGACCGAUCGGAUUGUGAGUGAAUGAAAACUGAACUCGAAAGAGUUUAACUUUAGAGUAAACUCCGAGAAUGUCAGGUUGUGGCAAAAGUUAGGCUCCAGCACAUCUGGAUAUGACCUGCGCCUCUGAUUUCAAUAUAUUCGUCGCUUUCACACAACAGUUUUAUGUUUUAAAGAAAUGAGAGACGAGUUUCUUAAACAGAUGAAGUUUGAUAAGAUUGAUUCGUGAGUGUGCGCAAGACGAAAAUCAGACAUGAAGGCUUCUGAGAUGCUCGCAGCAUUGUUUGUUUUGGUGUAUUCAGGGAGCUACACAACUCUCGCAGAAACACUUUUCUUUUUUUCAGAUGAUGUGGUGGUGGACUCUCCCCCAGAGAAUCAUAAUGGCAAGGAGGACGUUUUACAGUGCGCAUGUGAGAACACAUACUCCUGUGAGAACAACACCUGCUGGGGCCGGAUUUGCUUCUACACUUCGGUCCAUGAGCGGGUAGUACGGGGCUGUUUUCCCACCAAAGAGCAGUGCCACGUGCCUGCUGUUCCUCAACUGUAUACCAAAUGCUGCCACACACACAUGUGCAAUGCAAACCUCAGUGUGCCUGGAACAACAGUGGAAAAGCCCAUCGGAUUAGUUCUAUUGGUGGGAGUGCCAUUGUUGGUGCUGUUGGUGAUGUCCUUGGCAGUCUGUGGGCUUGUGUUGUGGCUGCGUACAAGACGACAGCAACGCCCCCUGGUGGAACACGAAACCUCUAUGCUCAAAGUCCCCAGCGGAGCGGAUCCCACAUACGGGGAUAUCUUUGAUGAGUUUUGUACGUCUGGCAGUGGGACCGGCCUGCCUUAUCUGGUGCAAAGGACCAUGGCCCGACAGAUCUCUCUGGCUCAUUGUGUUGGUAAAGGGCGUUACGGAGAGGUAUGGAGAGGCACCUGGAUGGGAGAGAGUGUGGCUGUCAAGAUUUUCUCCUCUCGUGAUGAACAGUCCUGGUUUAGAGAGACUGAAAUCUACAACACAGUCCAACUAAGGCAUGAAAACAUCUUGGGCUUCAUAGCAUCAGACAUGACGUCUAAAAACUCCAGCACUCAGCUGUGGCUGGUCACACACUUCCAUGAGUUGGGCUCCCUCUAUGACUUCCUUCAGGACAGCACACUGGACCCCGAGGGCUGUCUGCGCAUGUGCCUGUCCAUCGCCAGCGGCCUUGUGCACCUCCACACAGAGAUCCUCAGUACGCAGGGCAAACCAGCCAUCGCACAUCGAGACCUCAAAAGCCGUAACAUUCUAGUGAAGAGAAAUGGGCAGUGCUGCAUUGCAGACCUGGGCUUGGCUGUCAUUCACUCUCAGUCUAAUGACUAUCUGGAUGUGGGCAACAACCCGAGAGUGGGCACCAAGCGUUAUAUGGCACCGGAGGUUUUGGACGAGAGUAUUCGUGUUGAUCUGUUUGAGUCCUAUAAACAAACUGACAUCUGGGCCCUGGGUCUCGUCAUGUGGGAGAUAACUCGUCGAACUAUCGUAAAUGGGAUUGUGGAGGAGUACAGACCACCGUUCUUUGACGUGGUGCCCUCUGACCCCAGUUUCGAGGAGAUGAAGAAAGUGGUGUGUGUUGACCAGCACAGGCCCAGUCUCCACAAUCGACUACACUCUCAUCCGAUCCUGUCUACAAUUGCGAAGAUUAAGAAAGAGUGCUGGUUCCAAAGCCCUUCAGCUCGACUCACUGCUCUGCGUGUGCGAAAGACCCUCUCCAAACUGGACCAGGACCAUGACUACGACAUUGACAAGCUUAAACUGGACUUAUAGAAUAAACCUUCUGAAGUUCAAUUCUAAUGGACCCACAUUGCAUGUCCAUCCAUCUGAGUAUAAUCUAAACUCUUUUAAUGCGCCUUUCAAGCUUCUUGUCUUGAGGCUUCACUGAACAUGGUUUAUCUUAUCAUGACAUUCACUGUGGGAAGUCGAGGCCUUCACAGUCUCCUGAAACAUAUCCAGUUGACUACUCUUCUAAGACCUCUGUAUUUCAACACAGUGACUCAUUUAUUACUGAAAGAGUUAAUAAACCCACAAAAUUCUUUUCUGUGUAGUGAGAGGGAUUUUUACAGUCAGGAUGUGGGUUAUUCUGGACUUCCUAAUUGUGGUGUUUCCUGAAAUUCUGAACUUUUUAAACAAGACUCUUACGUACAGAGGUUGGCACAAGACUGUUUGUUGCACUUAUUCUUUUUGUAUCUGUUUCUUGUCUACAUGAAAGACUUUGAAAUGGUCCAUCUUUUUUAUAAACUUGCACCAAGAAAUUAUUUAAACAGAGGACAUAUUAGUAUAGUGCACUUUUGUAAAAAAAAAAAAAAAAAAAUUACAUCACAUUACUCUAGUCUGUAUCAUAUCAUUUUUACGAUGUAAGGAAUUGUACAGUAUAUUUGCUUUUUGAAGAAAUUAUAAUCAAAAAUGUGUAUACAUGUUUUUUGCACAAAAAGUCUUUAUUUUUUCUCACUCCAAAUAAGAGUAUUUAACUAUUAAUAAAAACUUCAGGAUACUGAA